AUGGACGAAUUCCCUACGCUCAAGCAAAUGGUGAAGACCACACACAAGACAGAGUACCCAACAAUUGCCCCCAAUAACACGGCAAAUUCGGCAGCGGACAAGAUCGUCUUCGUGACAGGAGGCGGAAGCGGAAUUGGCUUCGCAACCGCUCGUGCUUUUGCUAUCGCUGGUGCUAAGGCCAUCAUAAUUGUCGCACGGCGUGUUGAGACACUCAAGGAGAAGGCUGCUCAGCUGGCUGCAGAGCUGCCUUCAACUAAAGUCUUGACUUUCCCACUUGACAUAUCCAACGAGGAUGCUGUGAACAAGGUCUUCGCCGAGGUUCGAGAUCGCCUUAGUGCGGAUAUCGAUGUCGUGGUGCUCAGCGCCGCAACUAUGAUGAUAGGUGUUCCGGCCAUGCAAUACAGCACAAAACAGCUUUACGAUGCCUUUGGCACCAACGUCAUCGGAAAUAUAAACGUUGUUCGAGCUUUCCUAUCGACCAUCGAUCCGAAGAGCCCGGAGUCCAAGACUAGAAAAAUAAUUCUCGACAUCUCGACACACUCAAGUUACGAGCGCUACCCUAUGCAGGCGAUGUACGGCGCUAGCAAGCUAGCCUUCACCCACUUCGUAAGACACAUCGGGGCCGAAUAUGCACGUACCGGACUACGCAUUCACUCGUAUCAUCCGGGCGGUAUCUUGACGGAUGCGACGCGCGUAGGAGGGCUGGACGAGGACUCAUACGCAUGGGAUGACGUGAGUCUACCGGCAGGAUUGGCGACAUGGUUGGCGAGCCCAGCGGCAGCGUUUCUGAACGGCAGAUUCAUCCUGAGUAACUGGGAUGUGGAUGAACUUGCUGCUUUAAAGGAUACCUUUGAGGCAGACGAGGACUUUGGUAGGAUUGUUCUGAAGAUUAAACCAAAGCCGUAA